CCUUUAUAUACCGAAUCCAGUCCCGAUCAAUUUUCUCACUCCUCUUCCUUCGCACAAAAAUUCUUAAGUCUAGGGUUAGGGUUUGCCUCUUUUUAACAAUGGCGCAAGAAUCUCGAUGUCGAGGAGUCGUACAACGGUUUAACGACACUAGGGGUUUCGGCUUCAUCAAGCCCGAGGACGAUGGUGAAGAUCUUUUCGUCCACCACAGCGACAUCAAAUCUGACGGUUACCGUACUCUUACCGCAGGCGCCACCGUCGAAUUCACUUUUUCCGUCGGCUCAGACAACAAGCCGAAAGCCGUCGAUGUUACUGGACCUGACGGCGCUCCCAUCCUUCCUCCUCCCGCUGCCCGCAGAUCUUCUGGAAACGGUGGCGGUGGUCGGCAGAGAAACAAUUACUCUGAUGGUGGAAAGUGUUAUAAUUGCGGUGAAUCUGGUCACAUCGCUCGUGACUGUGAAGGAGGUUCGGAUAAUUUAGGCGGUGGGUCUGGUGGAGGCGGAAACUGCUACAACUGCGGGAAGUCCGGACACUUUGCGCGAGCAUGCCAAAGCGGAAGUGCUGGCGGCGGUUCCAACGUUGGUCGUGGUGGUAGGGUUAGUGCAGACGGUGAUGGGGCCUGUUUCAACUGUGGUGAUAUUGGACACAUGGCUCGUGAUUGUGGUCAGGAUAAGGUCAAUUCUGGUGGGAGAUACGGAGGGAGAGCUGGUGGCGGUGGUGGGGCUUGUUACAACUGUGGUGACAUUGGACACUUAGCUCGAGAUUGUGCUCAGGAAAGGGCCAGUUCUGGCGGGAGAUUUGGGGGAAGAGCUGGAGGCAGUAGUGGGGCCUGUUAUACUUGUGGUGAGCCUGGUCACUUAGCUCGGGAUUGUAGCCAGGAUAGGCCCAGUUCUGGGCGGAGAUCUGGAGGUGUUAGCGGCGGCCGUAAUUGUUAUCAGUGUGGGGAACCGGGGCAUAUUGCAAGAGAUUGCUCUAAUGCGGUGGCUUAGAGUAACGUACUUUUAUCUCUUCCUUUAGUUUGGCAUGGAGUUCGUAUAAAAUAGUACUCCUCUAUUAGAAUGAUUUUUUGUUAUGCUGUUAUAGUUUUUCCACCCUAUUUUUGGCUCGGCUUGUUAUACAUAGGAUGGAUUGGAGUUUAAACCGUUGAUAUUCGAAUUACAUUAGUUUUCGAUGAUUAAAUGUUUUGAUGUGUGUUUGGAUGA